GGCUUGUUGUUGUAGAGGCCAAGAUGGCGGCUCAGGCGGCGGCUGCGGCCCAGGCAGCUGCGGCCCAGGCAGCGCAGGCCGAGGCGGCCGAGUCGUGGUAUCUGGCUCUCCUGGGCUUCGCCGAGCACUUUCGUACUUCCAGUCCACCCAAGAUUCGCCUGUGCGUGCACUGCCUGCAGGCGGUGUUCCCUUUCAAGCCGCCGCAGCGCAUCGAGGCCCGCACCCAUUUGCAGCUGGGCUCGGUGCUCUACCACCACACCAAGAACAGUGAGCAGGCGCGCAGCCACCUGGAGAAAGCGUGGCUGAUAUCCCAGCAAAUCCCACAGUUCGAAGACGUCAAAUUUGAAGCGGCAAGUCUGCUGUCAGAGCUGUAUUGUCAGGAGAAUUCUGUGGAUGCGGCAAAACCGCUACUGCGGAAAGCAAUCCAGAUCUCUCAGCAAACUCCCUAUUGGCACUGCCGCUUGCUCUUCCAGCUUGCUCAACUGCACACACUUGAAAAGGACCUGGUGUCGGCCUGCGAUCUCCUGGGUGUGGGGGCCGAGUAUGCCCGUGUGGUGGGAUCCGAAUAUACACGGGCUCUGUUCCUGCUCAGCAAGGGGAUGCUGCUGCUGAUGGAGCGCAAGCUGCAGGAGGUGCAUCCGCUGCUGACACUGUGUGGGCAAAUCGUGGAGAACUGGCAGGGAAACCCCAUUCAGAAGGAGUCGCUGCGAGUCUUCUUCCUGGUGCUGCAGGUCACCCACUACCUGGACGCCGGGCAGGUGAAGAGUGUGAAGCCCUGCCUGAAGCAGCUGCAGCAGUGCAUCCAGACCAUCUCUACACUGCACGAUGAUGAGAUCUUGCCCAGCAAUCCUGCCGACCUCUUCCACUGGCUGCCCAAGGAGCACAUGUGCGUGCUCGUCUACUUGGUGACAGUGAUGCACUCCAUGCAGGCUGGCUACCUUGAGAAGGCGCAGAAGUACACAGACAAGGCCCUCAUGCAGCUGGAGAAGCUCAAGAUGCUUGACUGCAGCCCAAUCCUGUCCUCGUUCCAAGUGAUCCUCCUGGAGCACAUCAUCAUGUGCCGGCUUGUCACGGGCCACAAGGCCACUGCGCUGCAGGAGAUCUCCCAGGUCUGUCAGCUGUGCCAGCAGUCACCCCGGCUCUUCUCCAACCAUGCGGCACAGCUGCACACGCUGUUGGGCCUAUACUGCGUCUCCGUCAACUGCAUGGACAAUGCAGAAGCCCAGUUCACCACCGCCCUUAGGCUCACCAACCACCAAGAGUUAUGGGCCUUCAUCGUGACCAACCUGGCCAGCGUGUACAUUCGGGAAGGAAAUAGACACCAAGAGGUACUGUACAGCCUGCUGGAGAGGAUAAACCCUGACCACAGCUUUCCUGUGAGUUCGCACUGCCUGCGUGCAGCAGCCUUCUAUGUGCGUGGCCUCUUCUCCUUCUUCCAGGGCCGCUACAACGAGGCCAAGCGGUUUCUACGGGAGACUCUGAAGAUGUCCAACGCAGAGGAUCUGAACCGCCUUACAGCCUGCUCGCUUGUGCUCCUUGGCCACAUCUUCUAUGUGCUAGGCAACCACAGGGAGAGUAACAACAUGGUGGUGCCCGCCAUGCAGCUGGCCAGCAAGAUCCCGGACAUGUCAGUGCAGCUGUGGUCAUCUGCCUUGCUGAGAGACCUGAACAAGGCAUGCGGGAAUGCCAUGGACGCCCACGAGGCCGCACAGAUGCACCAGAACUUCUCUCAGCAGCUGCUUCAGGACCACAUCGAGGCCUGCAGUCUUCCGGAGCACAACCUCAUCACGUGGACAGAUGGCCCACCCCCUGUGCAGUUCCAGGCCCAGAACGGUCCCAACACCAGCCUGGCCAGCCUCCUGUGAGCCGUCUGCCCUGCCUGCCGCCCUUGAGGGCAGUCGUGGGCCUGUCCAGUGACUUCUGGGUGCCCUGGGUGCUGCUCCAGCAGCAUUUGUGACCAUACCACCUGCCAUGUGCCUGCACCCACCACACCAUGUUCCUGGUGGCUUCUGAACCAAGUUCAGAGAAAGAAGCCAUGGCUGCCGUAGCCAUGCCCUCUGCCCACCUUCCUCUCUGCCAGGACCUGGAGACCAGGAGGCUGCUGUGUCACUGGGCCAUGUCCUCACACGGUCCUAGGCACGGUUCAGACUUCACCUGGCUCAAGGUGUACAACAUCACCACAAGAUCUGAGCCCCAUACUUCCCCCCAGCAGCCCUUGCUGCAGAGGACGCCUGGAGGACCCCUGGAGGAGGCUGCUUGUUGACCCCACCAGGGCUCUGAGCAGGACCUGCCAGGACCCUCACUGGUGCUGCCCUUUGUGUGGGUCACCCGAGGUGCCACAUGGUGACCUCCCCGGUGCAGCGUGGUGCCCAGCUGGGCAAGGCCUGGGGUGGAACCCAGAUCCUAUCACCCUUGCAUAGUAAGCAAUGUUGGGGUCUCGCUGGGGGACACUGGUGGCACAGAACAGCCACCACCAUUCAGGCCAGGCUGGGCCUGGGCCAUUGCUUGCAGCCAGCGCCACACUGGGACUGGAACAGUAGUGGGGGCAACAGGGCUGGUGGUCCCCUCACCACCCCAGAAGAGCCUGGCCCUGCCCUCAGGGAAUAGGACGGUGCAGGACAGGGUGCAGCACUGGUCCUUGGAGCUUGGCAGAAACCCCAGAACUGCCCCAGAACUGCAGUCACCCCAAUCAUGUCUCACAUCAUGUCUUCGCUCUCCUAUUUAUUUAAGACUUCCGCUUAUGGGCAUUUUAUUGUAGAGCAGUUGAACAAGAGCCUCCAACCCUAACAUCUGUCCUGAUGUUCACGUGCCUGUAGCAGUCACCAUCUCUCUCCUGUGUGUAUGAAUUUACGAUCCUGUCACAAUGAAAAGGUUCACUGCUCA